AUGAUGUAUAACGGGUGGCCUUUUACUGGCUGGAGCUUAAACAUUGCCAUUCCCGCUACUAUUCAAAAGCGACUACUUACGUUUCUGUUAAGGAAGGCUCUCGGUCAAUUUCUAGCAGAAGAUUUGGAUCUUAAUAAUCUUGAAGUACAACUGGGCAAGGGAUUUUUGAGUUUGAAAGAAUUAGAACUGAACGUUGAGGUUCUCAAUGAACUUUUCACAGAUUUACCGUUUUCGAUUACCAACGGCAAAAUUGGUGGAAUAAGCGCGCAUAUUCCAUGGACAAAUUUUUGGAAUCAGGAGUACGUUUUGGAAAUUGAUAGUCUACAGCUUGUUCUCGUUCCUGAACAAGCAAAGCCUCGAAAUGGUAAACUCUAUUAUUUCCAAAAUAAAGAAGAAUACGUGAAUGAUAAGGAAACGCCUGAUCUCUUUCUAUCUAUUUGUUUUCAAAGGAAGACCAAGUCUGUACCCGAAGAUUCCCAUAUAUUAUCUUCGUCAAUACAUUUCGCUGGAGAUUUCCUUCGUCACGAAAAGAUUCCGCCUGAAGAAGAUGAAGCGCUCCGUAGCUCUAUCUAUCACUCUUUUCAUAAUAAUGCGUCUUUUGUAUCAGACAAUAAUGACAGCAACAACGUUAUGGAGCAAUCUCAGAUUUUUGCUCAACAGAGUGAAGGAGAUAUCGAAGGAAUUCAAGUAUUGGCAAGCUGCAUUGAUAAUAUAAUUGCUAGUAUUAAAGUUGUAUUUAAGAAUACACGGAUUAGGCUGCAUCACCAAUCUACGAUAUUGCCUUCUGAACAUAUGACGAAUGAUCAAGGGCAAUUGAGAGAUUAUUAUUUUGAUCUGGAACUUCCUGAAAUUUCAUAUAGGGAUGAGACACCUGGAGUGAUGGACGAAAGCCAACCAGAUAUAGGUGUAUCAAAUGUCACGCUGUCUGCAAAAUCUGAAAUGAUUAAGCAUUUUUCAAUAUCCGGAUUGAGAAUUUGGCUUAGGGAAGAAUUGACUGCCGCAACUCGUUUAUCAAACGCUCAUCGAGAUACUACAUUUUCCAAUAGCUCUCCUGCAACGAGUUCCAAUUAUUUAGAUCCACAGUCGCUUGACAACAGCAAUAUUAUAUUUCUUAGUGCGCCCGAGUCUACAGAGGGCGCUGAUAGUGGGGAUGAGUGCUUCUAUGACGCUCAAGCUGAUAAUGAAUGUACGUCAGGUGACGGAAGAAAUGAAACAAAGCUGUAUGAGGCGUUGCUGUUUCAAUGCAAAGAAGAGGGAAAUUGGGCACGAGUAACAAUUCGCCAGAAUGCACCUCCUUCUAUCCAUUUUGAUCACCAUAAUGCAUCGGCAUCAUACUAUAAUACGCAAGAGGCAAUGCAACAAUCGAAUACUACUCAAUCGUGGAAUAUCGAAUGUUUCAUUGAUGCCCUGACUGGUAUCAUGACGCCAGGUCAGGCUUCACUGCUCUCUGAUUUGCUCAAUGCUCUGACUGGGAAUGGUUCAGAAAUGGAUAUCAAAGCGUCUAGUGUUGCUGAGAGUGAUGACGAUAUCAUUCUCACUGACGACAAACAUACGUCAAUCGACUAUCAUGCCGCAAAGGCAACUAGCAAAUCACCUCAUGUUUUAUAUCAGAAGGCAACAUCUUUUAAAACACACCAACAAUCAAGCAGUUAUAACAUGUCUAGUAGUAUUAGCAAUGUACAGUCAACGGCACCUUAUAAUCAAUCCGGAAUGAAUUUCAAGCUAGAACUGCGUUUAAUAGAACUAUUCUUUUUAUAUGAUGAUCCGAUCUUGGAAUGUAUUCCGGGAAAGGAUUCAUUCGAGAAACGACAGUUCGAAGAGAGUCAUUUAAAGACAGGUAUCCAUAACUGUGUUCUUAGUAUUUCAAAACGGAUAUCAGAUGAUAAUCCCCCUAACAAGAGGAGAACUGGAAGUACUUCGGGUGGUCCAUUUUCAUACGGACAACAUAAGAAUAGUGAUUUGGAGGAGGCAUCUAGCAUCUCAUUUAAUCUAACAAUAUCUGAUUUGUAUGUAUUGGAGGCAUUGGAGGGACACUCAAGGCAGCGUUCGUCUGCUGAUAUAUCCGCAAAGUCUGCCUGGAAGUACUACCCUGUUUUACAAUUUAACUCAAAUCUAAAAAAGUAUCCUGGUUUCGAACGGCAUGAUUUUUCCGAUAUAAGAGAAAGAGUUAAUAGUGAGGGAAGAAAUAGGGGAGGUAAUAAGGAUAGGAAUCACGGAGUCGAUUCUGCCGUCAUUAGAGUUGAUAUGCGAUAUAAUGAAGAAGAAACAAUUAAUAUUUCUACAGCUAGUCCUUCGCCUCAAUUACGUCGAGAUAUAGUUAUAGAGUUAGAGCCGCUUGAAAUCUACCUUGAUUUAUGGAUGAUAAAACGGAUGUCUAAAUACAUAAAUGGUAUCACUGGGAGUAUCAACCGCGUGGAUAAAUCAGAAGAAGACAAGGCCCGAACUCCGUUUGCUUCAAGUAUAAUAGACGAUCUGGACACUGUUGGAUUGAGCGAGGGCUCUUCCAUAAUACGGUCAAGACUUGAGAUACGCAGUGAUUUGAUUCGCUUCUGGCUCAUAUGCCCUGAUAUGAGUGAAAUUGGUAAUAGUGGUGGAAAUCGUGAACAUAGAAUACGACCAGAAUUUAUUAGAAUUGAUGUCAUUGAAAUGAACAUCCUAACGGGCGAAGUCGGUCCUGACAGAGUUGCUAGACCUUAUACGCUUGGUCUCCCCGAUUCGAUUGAGACUGAUGCGGGCUCGAUUGAUGAGAAUCAAACGAGAGUUAAAAUAGAAUUUCAUAGUGCCAGGGUUUAUUUGACAAACGAUAAAAUUGAAGAACGCAUUCUUACCGUUGAGAAGCUAGCUUCAAAUCAUCAAUCACUGACUCCUACUGCACCUCCGAACAUUCUGAUAACUUAUCGUCCAGUCAGUUCAGUAACAAGUCAACUGAAACACAACGGUGGAACAUUUCCUUCAACUCCUUUCUCAAAAACAUUUACCUUAUUUGAAGGGGGAGAACGCGUUAACUGGCCAGCUGAGAGUGAAGAAGAGGAAAUGUUAAUGUUUAAACACCGUACUAUUGAAAGCUCCAUCUUUGUGUUCAACUGUUUCUUUCCUCUUACUCGAGCACACAUCACAAAACAAUCGUAUGAUACACUAUUAUUCCUGCUGAACGAUAUGUCAGUAUGGCAACAGAAUAUCGGCCAGAUGGGAAAUGAUAAUGUUUCAUCUCCGACACCAACGGAACGCACUUUUACGGCUAGUGGCUUUGAAACAAACAUCCCACAAAACGCGGGAUUCGAGGAUGUGUUUUUGAACGAAGAUGGCUUUGAGCAAAGACAACGUGCGGGGAGAGAAUUUAUUGGUAUUGCUAAUGAUGUAAAACCAAGCCUGGCCUCCUUGGUUGUCUUAAUGGCGAACGCCGAAAUUACGCUAUUAUGUGACGAAACCAGCGACAUUCAAACAACAUCUAAGCGAUCUUAUCAAUUAGAUACAUCUGAAUUUAGAUUCUUUGCCGCCAUAAAUUAUGAAGGAGAAGUAAGGAUUGGAUUUAGAGCUGAUUUCUCUUUGCUUCUGCAUAAUAAUGAUGACUUCGCUCUUAGUGAUACUUCGAAUACAAGAGAAAAAGCGCAAAUACUACACCGAACAAUCGCUAAGGGGAUCAAGGCGAAGAAUGCGCGUCCGAUGAGCUUGAUCACUAUGCGAAUUUUUUUUGAUCAAGAGAUUAAUAUGAAGGAGACAAAUGUAACCUUUUCAGUGAACGGGGUAACCUUAGAAUACACUAUGGCACCCAGGUGGAUAGAGGACUUGUCAAGUUUCGUGCAAGAACCUACCAUGGUACCAUAUACAGCCAUGCCUAGUCAGUUUACCAAGUUAAUAGUCAACAUCAAUGAUUCGUCGAUCGAUUAUAAACCCGAAAACAUCGCGUCACGUAUAGUGUUUGUAGUAGAGAACGUAAAGGUUUCAAGCAGUAUAAUUCCUGAUUCUCCGACGUUUUCAUGUAAACUGGUAGUACGAAAUAUGGACCUAAUGAUUAUUGAUGAUGUAAAGAGUUUGAGCGACCGCAGAAUUAACAGAGUUACCAGUAGUCCGUUAGACGUGAAAACAUAUUGGAAGGAAAUGGGUUUCGCUCAUGCUGCCGCCCUAGAUUUCGCUGCGAUAGCAGCACGAGUUAAUAAAGGGAAUAUACAUCCCAACCUUGAGCUUGAGCUCACAGACGAAAAUUUAACAAUUGAAACAUGCGCCGAUACCUUUCAAACAAUACUUCAAUUGCUGAGUCAUCUAUCAGCCACUUUCAACGCAACAGAUAAGAAGGAUAAAAAAAUUGCCGAUCCAAUGACAAGUAUGUCGGUAGGCGAUGGGAUAAAUGAAGCAUUAGCAGAAAGCAUAUUUGACGAAGAUGCUUUCAAGUAUCCGAAGCCAGAGGCGAUGGAAUCAAACCCACCCGAAAAUAAUUCAAAACUAGACAAUUCGAAGCAGGAUGUUAUCUACUUUGAUGAGAAAUUUUUUGAGAAAGAUGGGCUACCAGAUAGGCCUGAUCAUAAUGAUCAAGUUUUUGAAUCUAAGGCCGUCGUUAGAGAGUUCGAUGGAGGCCUCGAAGAUUCUGAAAAUGUAAGAGGUCGCGAAGGCUCCGAAUGUAAAAUAACAUGGACGACACCUUACGAAAUUAAAUACGAUGAAAACCAUUUUGCUGCACCAACUGCCAGCGAACUUGAAGCAGUUGAAGGACUAAAGAGCCGUAUUCGGAUACGAGACUUCAAUGUCAUAUGGAAGCUAUAUGAUGGAUAUGAUUGGGACAGCACUCGAGCGGAAGUAUUGGAUAGACUUGCACUUGCCAAAGCUCAAGCUAAAAUACUUGCUGAAGCAUCUAAAGAUACCGGAGAAGAGAUGAAUAAGGCCGUGAAUACCGAGACGAGUAGUUUCUUCGAGCAGAUGACAGGAACCCCAUUCAGACAUUCGGAUUAUGAUAUCUUUUCUCAAGCGACUUCUGAGGAUUUUAUGGAUGAUCAUAGUGACACAGCCAGUCAGUUCAGUAGCAAAACAGACACGGAUAAUCACUAUGGAAGAGAAGAGAGACGAUCGAAUCCUAUUCGCCGUCCCACUCGUCCGAAGCUGAGUCGAUCGCGAUCUAGCAAAUUAGAUAUAGUAUUGGAGAAAGUAUCUUUAGAUUUUGAUUCAUUUCCAGAGGAUGAUCAAGUAGCCUUUCGCUUGCUUGUAUCCGUUAAAGAGAUCGAAAUUCUUGACAAGAUUAAAACUUCUGGGUGGGGUAAAUUUAUGUCACACAUGCGAUCAGCCGAUGAUAGGAACUUGUGCGAGACCAAAUCCAAGAUGGUUCGGGUAGAGUUGAAAAGUGUUCGCCAAGAGCUGAAAAAUGUUCGCCAAACUCCAUCCGAUUCAGAAGAGCUCAGAUUGAAAGUUCGGCUGUUACCAUUGAGAUUCCACAUCGAUCAAGAUGCUCUCAACUUUUUGAUUCGUUUUUUUUCAUUCCAAGAUCGCUCUGACCGCACGUCUAAUACAGAAGACGAUACCUAUUUUCAGUACUUUGAAAUAGAGCCAGUUGUCAUGAAAAUAGACUACAAACCCAAACACGUUGAUUAUACGAAUCUGAAGGGGGGAAAUCUUGUGGAACUGAUGAAUUUCUUCCAUUUGGAAGCUGCUGAAAUGACGUUAAGAGAUGUCAAGCUUACUGGAGUUAAAGGAUGGCAGCGACUAAUUGAAGAUUUGGGCGCCGCUUGGUUGCCUCAUAUUACCAAUACACAAGUGCCCAAUGUGCUGUCAGGAGUAGCACCCAUUAGGUCUCUAGUUAAUAUAGGUUCUGGAGUAGUUGAUUUGAUAUUGCUUCCUGUUGAACAGUACAAGAAAGAUGGCAGAAUCAUCAGAGGAUUACAGAAAGGGACUCAAUCAUUUGCAAAAGCGACGACAAUGGAAGCUAUUAAACUGGGGACUAAAUUAGCUGUGGGAACGCAAGUAAUGCUGGAGCAUGCUGACGAGAUACUGUCGUUCAGCUCCGAUGAUAACAGUGGCCGUGGUGGUCGUGGAGCAAGCAUGUCAAUGGCAGCAAACGAGGAUGAUAGCGAUGACGACAAUAAAGAAGGGAAACCAAGUAAAUAUGCACAUCCACCAGCCGAUAUUAAUGAAGGUAUUGAAGCUGCCUAUAAGAGUCUCCGACAAAACAUUGGCACAGCCGCACAUACUAUAUUCGCUGUACCAAUGGAAGUAUAUGAAAAGACUGGAGCGCAAGGAAGCGCUAAAGCGGUCAUAAAAGCUGUUCCAGUUGCUGUACUGAAACCUAUGAUAGGCGCAUCAGAGGCUGUAUCCAAAACUCUUCUUGGACUACGCAACACCAUUGAUCCUAAUCAGAAACUGGAGAUGGAGGAUAAAUAUAAGCGAAGAACGUAG